GCCACAAAUCAGCUCGAAUCGCUUCUGCGUUUCCGAAUUCAAGCUUAAUCUCGACGCAGCUACUGAGUGAGUGAUUAAUCGUUCAAGGUGAAUAUGGAAAACGAUGCUGGAGAAGAAAAUUCUGGAUAUACAGGAUACUCUAGGGUUAGGCUCAAUGAAAGAAUCCUUUCUUCCAUGUCUCGGAGAUCUAUGGCCGCUCACCCUUGGCACGAUUUGGAGAUCGGACCCGGUGCACCGUCAGUUUUCAAUUGUGUUGUUGAAAUAGGCAAAGGCAGCAAGGUUAAAUAUGAGCUGGACAAGGCCAGUGGCCUUAUAAAAGUCGACCGUGUGCUUUACUCAUCAGUUGUUUACCCACACAAUUAUGGUUUCAUCCCGCGCACACUUUGUGAAGAUAGUGAUCCGAUGGAUGUUUUGGUGCUGAUGCAGGAGCCUGUGCUACCUGGAUCUUUCCUCCGAGCUCGUGCUAUUGGAUUGAUGCCUAUGAUCGAUCAAGGAGAAAGGGAUGACAAAAUCAUAGCAGUAUGUGCCGAUGACCCUGAAUUCCGACACUAUAAAGACAUCAAAGAGAUUCCCCCACAUCGGCUGGCCGAAAUUCGCCGAUUCUUCGAGGAUUACAAGAAGAACGAGAACAAGAAAGUCGAUGUGGAAGACUUCCUGCCAGCAGAGGCUGCCAUUGAUGCCAUUAAAUACUCCAUGGACUUGUAUGCUGCCUACAUUGUUGAAAGCUUGAGGCAGUAAGUUCUUUUCAAUUCCUCUUUUUUUCCAAUGCAAUAAGAGACUGGGUGUUAAACACCAAUUGGCUGCAUUAUUUAAUGAGGCUGCUGAUCCUCAUCCUUCAGCCCUUCAACUGCAACAGCUCAAUUUUUUUUCUGAAAAACAAUAGUUUAUCAUGAUAUUAGAACACUGAAUAUUUAUUAUAUCUGAUGCUGAUUUGGAAUCAAUUCGAAGUUCUGUUUGAAA